AUGAAAGAGGGUUUUUGCCAAGGCCAGAGUUUCAGAGCUCCGCUGGGAGGGAGCAUUUUAUGCUCGCCGGUCAAAUCUAACUCAGUCAUUCCCCGCGGAAAGCCGAAUUCAAAAGUCGAGCCUGGUCAAAAAUGCAAGAUCAUUUGCGAAGCCGCUUAUCCGAUUCCCGAGUCGACUUCUUGCGCCGUUACUGGAUGGACGGUAAAAAGUGAGACAGUACGAUGCGACGCGACGAAGGGAGGAUUGAGCCCGGCUGGACAAAUGGGAGUUGUUGGCGCGUUUUUGAUCGUCGUUUGUUUGGUGACCGCGAUUUACCAGUACAAAAAGAGCAAGCCGCAAGUUCGGCCCCAGCCGAUCAGAGAAUCAUAUGAGCAGAGAAGUCAACAACUACAGUAUCACCAGCAGUUACAGUAUCAACAGAAUCAGAGUAAUUAUCAGUCUGUGCAGCCACAACUUCACCAAAAUACUGCGUUCUAUGUUCAACAAUAA